GAGCCAUCCAGCGGCUGCCUCCAUUGGACACAACACCGCUAGGGAUUCACUCCCUCGCCCUCACUCCUCUCCCCGCCAUAGGUGACUGAACUUCAAAACUCCAUCGCAGCCGUACGUGACAGCGUGCGCGCGUGCGCUCGUUUAAAUUGAAGUGUGGCAGUAGCAGUACUAGGAGUAAGUCUGCGGUAGCAUCAUGAGUGACAUCGAUAGUGACAGCGGGGACACGCGAUGGCGGCGGAGAUCGCAGGCACGGAACCAGUUCCUGCUGACAGGUAACCCUAACCUGCUGGGUCUGCCCUACUUCACCCACCUGGAUGGCCUGACGGGGGGCGAGGACGACAACGAGUCACUCCUCGAUUCAGCGCAGUACCUCGGCCACUACGACUCCUCCGACACUGGGUCUGGGGUGGAGCUGGUGAGGCGCCCUCCUCCCCGCUACGGCACAUGGAAACCCGUGGAAGACGGCAUCACUCUCACAUGGCGCGACCUGAGUGUGUACGUACCGCAGAAGAAGACGUGGUACAAGUCAUCGAGCUUACACAAACCCUACAAGCUGGUACUCAACUCAGUGUCCGGGGCGGUGCGUCCAGGCAGUCUGGUGGCUCUCAUGGGAGCUAGCGGGGCAGGCAAAUCCACGCUGAUGAACGCCCUCGCUCACCGCACGCCCGGUGAGGUGGUGGUGGACGGAGACAUCCUGGUGAACGGCCAUCGCGCCAAUCGCAGCAUGAACGCUCUCUCAGGAUACGUGCAUCAGGACGACCUCUUCGUUGCCUCCCUCACCGUGCUGGAACACCUCACUUUUAUGGCGCGGCUUCGCAUGGACGUGAGGACAAGCCCCGGGGAGCGCCGGUCCCGCGUGCAGGAGUUAGUGAAGGAGUUGGGGCUGAGCAAGGUUCAACACUCCCGCAUUGGCUGCCCGGGGUCUGAGAAGUCUCUGUCCGGAGGAGAGAGGAAGAGACUUGCAUUUGCCAGUGAGAUCCUGACGGAUCCCCCGCUGCUGUUCUGUGACGAGCCCACCACCGGCCUAGACUCCUUCAAUGCUCGCAAGUUGGUGCGCAUGAUGAAAGACAUGGCGGCGCGCGGCAAGACCAUUUUGUGCACCAUUCAUCAACCUUCAACUGAUGUGUUCCUUAUGUUUGACAAAUUACUGCUUCUAGCCGAAGGUCGGCUCGCCUACAUGGGAUCCUCCAACGGGGCCCUUGAGUUCCUGGACGGGCUGGGCCACAAGUGUCCCUCCACUUUCAAUCCUGCCGACUUUUACAUCCACACGCUGGCGGUACAGCCAGGCCACGAGCUGCGCUCCAGGGAGAGAAUCAAGAGGAUCUGUGACAACUUUGCCGUGUCAGCCUACGCCAAGGACGUGGAACUCAUCAUCCAGUACCAAGACAACAGGUUCCUGCAGUUCGAAGACAUGCAGAAAUCGUACGAUGACACAUACAGCAUCGACAGCACCAGCAAAACCACCAGCUCAGAAGAGUCCAUCGUGCACAUCAUCAAACACAUUCCGAAGCUGCCGGGCUGGUGGACGCAGCUGUACUGGCUGUGGUGGAGAGCCGUCAAGGACUCCUACAGGAACCCAGCGGUGCACGGCAUUAGGAUCCUGCAGAAAAUUGUGAUGGCGCUGUUGAUUGGCGUGUGUUACUUUGGCGUGGAAAUCAACCAGCGUGGGAUUCAAGACAUUGAGGGCGUUCUUUUCAUCUACAUCACCGAGAAUACCUUCCCUUCAGUGUACGCCGUGCUCAACGUCUUCCCCCUUGAGCUGCCUCUCUUCCUUCGCGAGUACAAGAACGGAAUAUAUCGCUGUGAUACCUACUACAUAUCCAAGAUGGCUGCCCUGAUGCCCGGGUUCUUCCUCGAUCCCCUUAUAUUCGUGAGUAUCUGCUACUGGAUCGUGGGUCUGCGGCCUCAUCUCUACCAGUUCCUGAUGACCAUCGUUGUGCUGGUCUUCACCGCCAACACCGCCUCCUCCUGCGGCGCCAUGUUCUCGGCCAUGUUUGAGUCCCUGCCCUACGCCAUGGUGAUGCUUGUGCCCUUCCUUAUGAUGCUGCUCAUCACUGGAGGACUCAUGGUCAAUCUUGCGUCCCUGCCGCCGUAUGUAGGAUGGAUCAAGUACUUUUCGUGGUUCAUGUACAGCAACGAGGCACUGACAGUCGUGCAAUGGGAGGGCGUCAAGAACAUCACAUGCGAGACGGGUCCACACGUGCCGUGCCUGACAGAGGGUCGCUCGGUGAUGCAGAAGUUCACCUUCAACUACCAACACGUCCCCAUGGACCUAGUGUGCAUGACGGUGCUCUUCAUCUGCUUCCACACCAUCGGCUUCCUGGGCCUCAUGUCUCGAGCACGACGGAAGUGAACACCAUCCACACGAACAUGAAGACGAGGACAAAUAAGACGAGGAUGAACACGGGGAUGAGAACGACUAUGACAACAAGGAGGAGGAGAAAGAGGAAGACGUCAACUACAACGAAAACGUAAAAAAAAAAAAAAAAAAAAAAAAAGAUAAAAGAAAAAACAAGCCUUAGUACCAUGAGUCCUUAGAUGAGAAAAGAACACGUAUUGUACUGACUGAAAGACUGGCAGCACACGCGGUUGAACAUACAGUAGUACACACACACACACACACACACACACACACACACACACAUUAUGUGCAUAUUUUUUUGUGUGUAUACGUAUUUAUAUCUGACAAUAAAGCAAGUAAAUUCUAUGAAA